UAACUUUGUGUGUUUUGGCAGUUUGGACAAGAGAUGGAAAUAAAUCUUUCUUUCAUCCAAGCACUUAAAAAUGCAUGCACCAUUCACAUCACUUUUAAGCCUCCAGAUUCACAAAUGACAGAUAGUCCUCAUCCCCAGAUUUAAAGUGGGUUUCUUUGCUUCUCUGGUCCAGGGUCUUGUCUAAGAGUAAGUAAGUGCCAAAGCCCUGGAGUAGAUAACAUAUCCAGGAGGAACUUCAGCUGUACCAUUUGAAAAUACACAGUGGAAAAUAAAUGAAAAUAGCUAAGACAGUGUGUCAGUAUUUGAGCCCUGUUAGCCAGAAAAAUCCAUUCUUUUGUAUGUCAGUUGCUUAUUCAGCUAAUUCAGUCUAUCUCAUUUUUGACAGAAGACACCUUCAAAAGAUAUGGGAUCUCUAUAAAGGGCUACUUCUGUGUUUCAGCGUUCCUUAAAUUAACUGAAAGCAUGCAGUCAGUAGUGACGUAGCAUUUAUCAAUAUACAGAAUUAACCAUUGCUUCUUAAUACAAGUUUCCACCUAACUGGCCCUUUUUGAGCCCUCAGUUGGCCAAACAGCUUCCACUGGUAGUUCUUUAGAAUUAAGGAGCUUGUGGAACAAGUUAAAGUAAUGCCAGGCAGAAAUUGCUUUCACUGGAAGAGUCUGUAUGAUCAUUUUCUGAAAAGAAGGCAUAAAGUAGCUGGAACAUAUUCAAGGAAGAAGGAUUCACCUCAGAAAAACACAUAAGAUAAGCACUUGUAUAGCUUUGGCUAAUAUCCUAAACUAAAGCUAUUUAAAAGGUUUUUUUCUGAGUGGCAUGAAAAAUGAAAAGUAAUAUGGUUAAAAUGGAUCUCUAGAUUAUCAGUACCCUUACAGAAGUUAUAUGGAAGGUGAAUGUUUCAUUCUGUUUAAAUCAAGUUAUCCUGCUGUCAUUAGAAAUCUCUGAGGUCCAGCCUUGUGGAAGGAUUUAAAGGCAACACUUCAACAAUAAUCGGAUUAGAAGGUCUUGCAUAGCUACAUGGUCUGAAAAAGAGAUAAAAGAAACAGGAGUUCAAACUUGCCACAAAGCAAGGCAGUGAGCUGUGUGGUGCAGAAUCAACACAUUGUUCUGAGACUUUGAUUUUGACAAUUACCUGAAGUAGGGAUGUCUGCAGAUUUCAAUGGUUACUGGAAAAUGGUCAGCAAUGACAAUUUUGAAGAGUAUCUGAAAGCACUGGAUGUAAAUGUUGCUGUAAGAAAAAUAGCAAACUUGCUAAAACCUGACAAAGAAAUCCUUCAGAAUGGGGAUCAUAUGAUCAUUAAAACGCUAAGCACUUUUAGAAACUACAUCAUGGAAUUUGAUGUUGGAAAGGAGUUUGAGGAGGAUUUAGCUGGGGUGGAUGAUCGCAAAUGCAUGACCACUGUAUCUUGGGAUGGAGAUAAGCUUCUUUGUGUACAGAACGGAGAAAAAGAAGGUCGUGGUUGGACCCAGUGGAUUGAAGGAGAUGAAAUGCACCUGGAAAUAAGAGUGUGUGGAGUCAAGUGUAAGCAGGUCUUUAAGAAGGUGCAGUGAGCCUACUGCUGAUACAGAAGUGAAGAACAGUAGAAUUUACAAACUUACCAGCAAAUGUCCAAAUGCAGUAAUGAACAUCAUCAGUGACAAGAGCAAACACAGAAAUGAAGAUUACACUAGAACUGUAUAGUUAGAAUAAAAUAUUUUUAACAAAUCAUUUUAAAGAAAUAACUGCAAAUAAAACUAUUUUUAGAAAUGCCAAUUAAAGAUAAUAAACACUA